GGUCUGAACCUGUGCAGUGGUUUACUGUGGGGUGGGCUGUGCUGCUUAUUUUUUCGCUCUAGUCCAAAUUUGGAUUUUAAUAAUGUCUCUGGAAGUCGAAUCGGCAGACGUCAUACGUCUGAUCAUGCAGUAUCUGAAAGAAAACAAUUUGCACCGAACACUGGUUACCCUACAAGAGGAGACGACCGUCUCCUUGAACACUGUGGACAGUAUUGAGAGUUUUGUAGCCGAUAUCAACAGUGGGCACUGGGACACAGUCUUGCAGGCUAUACAGUCUCUCAAGCUGCCUGACAAGACUCUCAUUGACCUUUAUGAGCAGGUAGUGUUGGAGCUGAUUGAGCUGCGUGAGCUGGGAGCUGCCAGGUCUUUGUUAAGGCAGACAGACCCCAUGAUCAUGUUGAAGCAAACCCAGCCAGAGAGAUAUAUUCACCUGGAGAACCUCCUGGCCCGGUCCUACUUUGAUCCCCGAGAGGCCUACCCAGAUGGCAGCAGUAAAGAGAAACGGAGAGUAGCAAUCGCGCAGGCUCUGGCAGGAGAAGUCAGUGUGGUUCCCCCUUCUCGUCUUAUGGCUCUACUUGGGCAGUCUCUGAAGUGGCAGCAGCACCAGGGGCUCCUCCCACCAGGCAUGACCAUCGAUUUGUUCAGGGGUAAAGCAGCUGUAAAGGAUGUGGAGGAGGAGAAGUUCCCCACACAGCUCAACAGACACAUCAAGUUUGGCCAGAAGUCCCAUGUUGAGUGUGCGCGAUUCUCUCCUGAUGGGCAGUAUCUGGUGACUGGCUCUGUGGAUGGAUUCAUUGAGGUGUGGAACUUCACCACUGGCAAAAUCAGAAAGGAUUUGAAGUACCAGGCUCAAGACAACUUCAUGAUGAUGGACGAUGCAGUGCUGUGCAUGUGCUUCAGUCGGGACACUGAAAUGUUGGCAAGUGGUGCACAGGACGGAAGGAUUAAGGUGUGGAAGAUUCAGAGUGGCCAGUGCUUGAGACGUUUUGAGCGUGCUCACAGCAAAGGAGUGACCUGUCUCAGCUUUUGCAAGGACAGUAGUCAGCUUCUCAGUGCUUCUUUUGACCAGACUAUCAGAGUUCAUGGACUGAAGUCUGGCAAAACCUUGAAGGAAUUCCGCGGCCAUUCCUCCUUUGUAAACGAAGCCACUUUUACACAGGAUGGACAUUACAUAAUCAGUGCGUCUUCUGAUGGCACAGUCAAGAUCUGGAACAUGAAGACAACAGAGUGCUCUAAUACCUUCAAGUCCUUGGGUACCACAGCCGGAACUGACAUUACUGUAAACAAUGUCAUCCUGCUGCCCAAGAACCCCGAGCACUUCGUAGUGUGUAACAGAUCCAACACAGUGGUUAUCAUGAACAUGCAGGGACAGAUUGUGAGAAGCUUCAGCUCUGGUAAGAGGGAAGGUGGUGACUUUGUGUGCUGCACACUGUCUCCCCGUGGUGAAUGGAUAUACUGCGUUGGAGAGGACUUUGUGCUGUACUGCUUCAGUACAGUCACCGGUAAACUGGAGAGGACCUUGACAAUCCACGAGAAGGAUGUCAUUGGAAUUGCACACCACCCACAUCAGAAUCUGAUUGCCACAUACAGUGAAGAUGGUCUCCUCAAACUCUGGAAACCGUAGCGGUUUCCCACGGUUUGGAUUCAAUGGACUGAUACAUUUUCACGGGGUACGGGAGCGGAGGGGCUGCAUCAGUUGGACUUGUUUUGUGUUCAUACCAUGCUUUUUAUGUUUUGAUAAACAUUUUGGUUGCAUUUUACACAACUUUUAUAAACUUGUUUCUUAACCAGAUUUUGUAAUGUUUUAUUUUCCCUCCUCAUUUCCAGAUCUUUUUUUUUUUUUUCUCUGGUGUUGCUACCAGUUUUUACCCAGUUACUAAUGUACCUAUUUUCAUGAAUUAGGAUCAAUACAUUAAGACUGUAAAAUUGAAAUAUACAAGUUGUUUCAAUGAAGUGCACGAUGGCUUGAUCAUGACACAUCAUUUUUUUUUGUGAAUGUGAAUGGUAGUUUUAUUUGUUUUUUGUUUAAUUACCAAGUUGAAUAUAUAAAACUAAGUAGCCUGGAAUAUUAGUACUGGAUAUUUUAUAAAGCUACCUCUUCAAUACGAACCAAAACACAAACAUGAAAGAGUUCUAAACUGUCAAUUGCAGCAUACUAAAUUUAGUCCACUUGAUACACCCAUCAGGGGAUUAAGUGAGCUUGAUCUGCUUCCUAACUAACGUUGCUACCAUUGCUAAUCCCAAUUGCAGUGUACCAAAAGUUGAUUGGCAGGUUGGGAUCCUCAGUUAAUCUUGAUCAAGUUUAGUACCGAUUGCAGAAUACUAAAUCUCUCAAACGCUUUUCUGAUUUUAAUACUGUGUAUUUUUUAUUCUUCUUGCUAUAUACCUCCUCAUACACUUGUUUGUAAAGCUUUCACAUAUUACACUGCUAUCUAUCUAUCUAUCUAUCCACCCAUCCAUCUAUCUAAAAUAUUUCUUAAAUUAUAACUUUUUUUUCAUCCUUGUUUCUUUUGGUUGACUGAGGGAUGUUUAUUGUAAUAUAUACACUGUAUAUUAACAUUGUUUCAGCUUUGAGUAUAGAUAUUAAGAACAGAAUAGUUUCUCAGAAUUCCCCAUGCAAAUUUGCAUAUUGGAGGUUGGUAAUAUGCAUUACUGUACUGAUACCGGUCCUGUUCAUGUUCCUACUGUAUGAACAAAGUAAAGGGUAAUUCUCAAAUGAACACCUUUUUAUUCAA